CAGAUAUUGCAGAUCCAUACAAUCUGACAACUAUCAAUGCUACAACCACCUAUCUACCAACAUCAGGAGGAAUGAGACAAAACAGAAAAAUUUCUGCAGUGGUCUACAGCAGGCUGGUGUUCAACUCCUCCUCUCCUGUCCCUAGCGAGAUUUUGGUCCUCAGUGCUACUGGAACUCUGUUCAGCUCUCGACGUGCAAACCUCAGUGAUUCUACUGAAGUGUUGAAUGUCACUUACGACAAAAUUUCAGAAACUUCCUAUGCAAUCAUCUUCACAUUCAACGUCACAAAUAUCAGCAUGCCCGAGAGCACUGUCCUCAUGAAUGACACAAACAUCCAAGUGAAGAACUCAGUCAACAUCGCUCUAAACACACUGCUUAAUGAACCUAGUGCAGAACUGUUUGAACCCCAGAGAUCUGAUUUCAGAAUGUUAGCAAACCAGGUUGAAGGUAACAUGGAGUACAGCUUCCAAGAAGGAGACACCAAAACACCAAUCACCUUCCUUAAUAAGCUCAAGACACAGAGUGCCUCACCUACAACGGUUUCUCCAAUGGCUACAAGUAAUCUGAUUGUGACUUCUGCAGCAACUCCUUCCAAAAUUUCUACUUCUGCAGUGGUCUACAGCAGGCUGGUGUUCAACUCCUCCUCUCCUGUCCCCACUGAGAGUUUGGUCCUCAAUGCUACCAACACUUUGCUCAAAUCUCGACAUGCAAACCUCAGUGAUUCUACUAAAGUGCUGAACGUAACUUAUGAGAAAAUUUCAGAAACUUCCUAUGCAGUCAUCUUCACGUUCAACAUCAGUGAUAUCAGCAUGCCUGAGAGCACUGUCCUCAUGAAUGACACAAACACCCAAGUGAAGAACUCUGUCAACAUCGCUCUAAACACACUGCUUAAUGAACCUACUGCCGAUCUGUUUGAACCCCAGAGAUCUGACUUCAGAAUGUUAGCAAACCAGGUUGAAGGUAACAUGGAGUACAGCUUUCAAGAGGGAGACACCAAAACACCAAUCAGCUUCCUCAAUGAGCUCAAGACCCAGAGUGUCUCAACUACAACAGUUUCUCCAAUGACUACAAGCACUCUGAUUGUGAUGUCUGCAGCAACUCCUUCCAAAAUUUCUACUCCUGCAGUGGUCUACAGCAGGCUGGUGUUCAACUUCUCCUCUCCUGUCCCCAGUGAGAGUUUGGUCCUCAAUGCUACCAACACUUUGCUCAACUCUCGACGUGCAAACCUCAGUGAUUCUACUAAAGUGCUGAACGUAACCUAUGAGAAAAUUUCUGAAACUUCCUAUGCAGUCAUCUUCCUAAUCAGCAUCAGUAAUAUCAGCAUGCCUGAGAGCACUGUCCUCAUGAAUGACACAAACAUCCAAGUGAAGAACUCUGUCAACAUCGCUCUAAACACACUGCUUAAUGAACCUACUGCCGAUCUGUUUGAACCCCAGAGAUCUGACUUCAGAAUGUUAGCAAACCAGGUUGAAGGUAACAUGGAGUACAGCUUUCAAGAGGGAGACACCAAAACACCAAUCAGCUUCCUCAAUGAGCUCAAGACACAGAGUGUCUCAACUACAACAGUUUCUCCAAUGACUACAAGCACUCUGAUUGUGACAUCUGCAGCAAUUCCUUCCAAAAUUUCUACUCCUGCAGUGGUCUACAGCAGGCUGGUGUUCAACUCCUCCUCUCCUGUCCCCAGUGAGAGUUUGGUCCUCAAUGCUACCAACACUUUGCUCAACUCUCGACGUGCAAACCUCAGUGAUUCUACUAAAGUGCUGAACGUCACCUAUGAGAAAAUUUCAGAAACUUCCUAUGCAGUCAUCUUCACAUUCAGCAUCAGUAAUAUCAGCAUGCCUGAGAGCACUGUCCUCAUGAACGACACAUACACCCAAGUGAAGAACUCCGUCAACAUCGCUCUAAACACACUGCUUAAUGAACCUACUGCAGAUCUGUUUGAACCCCAGAGAUCUGACUUCAGAAUAUUAGCAAACCAGGUUGAAGGUAACAUGGAGUACAGCUUCCAAGAGGGAGACACCAAAACACCAAUCAGCUUCCUCAAUGAGCUCAAGACCCAGAGUGUCUCAACUACAACAGUUUCUCCAAUGACUACAAGCACUCUGAUUGUGAUGUCUGCAGCAACUCCUUCCAAAAUUUCUACUCCUGCAGUGGUCUACAGCAGGCUGGUGUUCAACUCCUCCUCUCCUGUCCCCAGUGAGAGUUUGGUCCUCAAUGCUACCAACACUUUGCUCAACUCUCGACGUGCAAACCUCAGUGAUUCUACUAAAGUGCUGAACGUCACCUAUGAGAAAAUUUCAGAAACUUCCUAUGCAGUCAUCUUCACAUUCAGCAUCAGUAAUAUCAGCAUGCCUGAGAACACUGUCCUCAUGAACGACACAUACACCCAAGUGAAGAACUCCGUCAACAUCGCUCUAAACACACUGCUUAAUGAACCUACUGCAGAUCUGUUUGAACCCCAGAGAUCUGACUUCAGAAUAUUAGCAAACCAGGUUGAAGGUAACAUGGAGUACAGCUUCCAAGAGGGAGACACCAAAACACCAAUCAGCUUCCUCAAUGAGCUCAAGACCCAGAGUGUCUCAACUACAACAGUUUCUCCAAUGACUACAAGCACUCUGAUUGUGAUGUCUGCAGCAACUCCUUCCAAAAUUUCUACUCCUGCAGUGGUCUACAGCAGGCUGGUGUUCAACUCCUCCUCUCCUGUCCCCAGUGAGAGUUUGGUCCUCAAUGCUACCAACACUUUGCUCAACUCUCGACGUGCAAACCUCAGUGAUUCUACUAAAGUGCUGAACGUAACCUAUGAGAAAAUUUCUGAAACUUCCUAUGCAGUCAUCUUCCUAAUCAGCAUCAGUAAUAUCAGCAUGCCUGAGAGCACUGUCCUCAUGAAUGACACAAACAUCCAAGUGAAGAACUCUGUCAACAUCGCUCUAAACACACUGCUUAAUGAACCUACUGCCGAUCUGUUUGAACCCCAGAGAUCUGACUUCAGAAUGUUAGCAAACCAGGUUGAAGGUAACAUGGAGUACAGCUUUCAAGAGGGAGACACCAAAACACCAAUCAGCUUCCUCAAUGAGCUCAAGACACAGAGUGUCUCAACUACAACAGUUUCUCCAAUGACUACAAGCACUCUGAUUGUGACAUCUGCAGCAACUCCUUCCAAAAUUUCUACUCCUGCAGUGGUCUACAGCAGGCUGGUGUUCAACUCCUCCUCUCCUGUCCCCAGUGAGAGUUUGGUCCUCAAUGCUACCAACACUUUGCUCAACUCUCGACGUGCAAACCUCAGUGAUUCUACUAAAGUGCUGAACGUCACCUAUGAGAAAAUUUCAGAAACUUCCUAUGCAGUCAUCUUCACAUUCAGCAUCAGUAAUAUCAGCAUGCCUGAGAGCACUGUCCUCAUGAACGACACAUACACCCAAGUGAAGAACUCCGUCAACAUCGCUCUAAACACACUGCUUAAUGAACCUACUGCAGAACAGUUUAGACCUCAGAGAUCUGACUUCAGAAUGUUAGCAAACCAGGUUGAAGGUAACAUGGAGUACAGCUUCCAAGAGGGAGACACCAAAACACCAAUCAGCUUCCUCAACGAACUCAAGACACAGAGUGUCUCAACUACAACAGUUUCUCCAAUGACUACAAGCACUUUGAUUGUGACAUCUGCAGCAACUCCUUCCAAAAUUUCUACUUCUGCAGUGGUCUACAGCAGGCUGGUGUUCAACUCCUCCUCUCCUGUCCCCAGUGAGAGUUUGGUCCUCAACGCUACCAACACUUUGCUCAACUCUCGACGUGCAAACCUCAGCGAUUCUACUAAAGUGCUGAACGUCACCUAUGAGAAAAUUUCAGAAACUUCCUAUGUAGUCAUUUUCACAUUCAGCAUCAGUAAUAUCAGCAUGCCUGAGAGCACUGUCCUCAUGAACGACACAAAUAUCCAAGUGAAGAACUCUGUCAACAUCGCUCUAAACACACUGCUUAACAAACCUAGUGCAGAACUGUUUGAACCCCAGAGAUCUGACUUCAGAAUGUUAGCAAACCAGGUUGAAGGUAACAUGGAGUACAGCUUCCAAGAGGGAGACACCAAAACACCAAUCAGCUUCCUCAACGAACUCAAGACACAGAGUGUCUCAACUACAACAGUUUCUCCAAUAACUACAAGCAUUUUGAUUGUGACGUCUGCAGCAACUCCUUCCAAAAUUUCUACUCCUGCAGUGGUCUACAGCAGGCUGGUGUUCAACUCCUCCUCUCCUGUCCCCAGUGAGAGUUUGGUCCUCAAUGCUACCAACACUUUGCUCAACUCUCGACGUGCAAACCUCAGUGAUUCUACUAAAGUGCUGAACGUCACCUAUGACAAAAUUUCAGAAACUUCCUAUGCAGUCAUCUUCACAUUCAGCAUCAGUAAUAUCAGCAUGCCUGAGAGCACUGUCCUCAUGAACGACACAUACACCCAAGUGAAGAACUCCGUCAACAUCGCUCUAAACACACUGCUUAAUGAACCUACUGCCGAUCUGUUUGAACCCCAGAGAUCUGACUUCAGAAUGUUAGCAAACCAGGUUGAAGGUAACAUGGAGUACAGCUUUCAAGAGGGAGACACCAAAACACCAAUCAGCUUCCUCAAUGAGCUCAAGACACAGAGUGCCUCACCUACAACGGUUUCUCCAAUGGCUACAAGUAAUCUGAUUGUGACUUCUGCAGCAACUCCUUCCAAAAUUUCUACUUCUGCAGUGGUCUACAGCAGGAUGGUGUUCAACUCCUCCUCUCCUGUCCCCACUGAGAGUUUGGUCCUCAAUGCUACCAACACUUUGCUCAACUCUCGACGUGCAAACCUCAGUGAUUCCAUUAAAGUGCUGAACGUCACCUAUGAGAAAAUUUCAGAAACUUCCUAUGCAGUCAUCUUCACGUUCAACAUCAGUGAUAUCAGCAUGCCUGAGAGCACUGUCCUCAUGAAUGACACAUACACCCAAGUGAAGAACUCUGUCAACAUCGCUCUAAACACACUGCUUAAUGAACCUAGUGCAGAUCUGUUUGAACCCCAGAGAUCUGACUUCAGAAUGUUAGCAAACCAGGUUGAAGGUAACAUGGAAUACAGCUUCCAAGAAGGAGACACCAAAACACCAAUCACCUUCCUUAAUGAGCUCAAGACACAGAGUGCCUCACCUACAACGGUUUCUCCAAUGGCUACAAGUAAUCUGAUUGUGACUUCUGCAGCAACUCCUUCCAAAAUUUCUACUUCUGCAGUGGUCUACAGCAGGAUGGUGUUCAACUCCUCCUCUCCUGUCCCCACUGAGAGUUUGGUCCUCAAUGCUACCAACACUUUGCUCAACUCUCGACGUGCAAACCUCAGUGAUUCCAUUAAAGUGCUGAACGUCACCUAUGAGAAAAUUUCAGAAACUUCCUAUGCAGUCAUCUUCACGUUCAACAUCAGUGAUAUCAGCAUGCCUGAGAGCACUGUCCUCAUGAAUGACACAUACACCCAAGUGAAGAACUCUGUCAACAUCGCUCUAAACACACUGCUUAAUGAACCUAGUGCAGAUCUGUUUGAACCCCAGAGAUCUGACUUCAGAAUGUUAGCAAACCAGGUUGAAGGUAACAUGGAGUACAGCUUCCAAGAAGGAGACACCAAAACACCAAUCACCUUCCUUAAUGAGCUCAAGACACAGAGUGCCUCACCUACAACGGUUUCUCCAAUGGCUACAAGUAAUCUGAUUGUGACUUCUGCAGCAACUCCUUCCAAAAUUUCUACUUCUGCAGUGGUCUACAGCAGGAUGGUGUUCAACUCCUCCUCUCCUGUCCCCACUGAGAGUUUGGUCCUCAAUGCUACCAACACUUUGCUCAACUCUCGACGUGCAAACCUCAGUGAUUCCAUUAAAGUGCUGAACGUCACCUAUGAGAAAAUUUCAGAAACUUCCUAUGCAGUCAUCUUCACGUUCAACAUCAGUGAUAUCAGCAUGCCUGAGAGCACUGUCCUCAUGAAUGACACAUACACCCAAGUGAAGAACUCUGUCAACAUCGCUCUAAACACACUGCUUAAUGAACCUAGUGCAGAUCUGUUUGAACCCCAGAGAUCUGACUUCAGAAUGUUAGCAAACCAGGUUGAAGGUAACAUGGAAUACAGCUUCCAAGAAGGAGACACCAAAACACCAAUCACCUUCCUUAAUGAGCUCAAGACACAGAGUGCCUCACCUACAACGGUUUCUCCAAUGGCUACAAGUAAUCUGAUUGUGACUUCUGCAGCAACUCCUUCCAAAAUUUCUACUUCUGCAGUGGUCUACAGCAGGAUGGUGUUCAACUCCUCCUCUCCUGUCCCCACUGAGAGUUUGGUCCUCAAUGCUACCAACACUUUGCUCAACUCUCGACGUGCAAACCUCAGUGAUUCCAUUAAAGUGCUGAACGUCACCUAUGAGAAAAUUUCAGAAACUUCCUAUGCAGUCAUCUUCACGUUCAACAUCAGUGAUAUCAGCAUGCCUGAGAGCACUGUCCUCAUGAAUGACACAUACACCCAAGUGAAGAACUCUGUCAACAUCGCUCUAAACACACUGCUUAAUGAACCUAGUGCAGAUCUGUUUGAACCCCAGAGAUCUGACUUCAGAAUGUUAGCAAACCAGGUUGAAGGUAACAUGGAGUACAGCUUCCAAGAAGGAGACACCAAAACACCAAUCACCUUCCUUAAUGAGCUCAAGACACAGAGUGCCUCACCUACAACGGUUUCUCCAAUGGCUACAAGUAAUCUGAUUGUGACUUCUGCAGCAACUCCUUCCAAAAUUUCUACUUCUGCAGUGGUCUACAGCAGGAUGGUGUUCAACUCCUCCUCUCCUGUCCCCACUGAGAGUUUGGUCCUCAAUGCUACCAACACUUUGCUCAACUCUCGACGUGCAAACCUCAGUGAUUCCAUUAAAGUGCUGAACGUCACCUAUGAGAAAAUUUCAGAAACUUCCUAUGCAGUCAUCUUCACGUUCAACAUCAGUGAUAUCAGCAUGCCUGAGAGCACUGUCCUCAUGAAUGACACAUACACCCAAGUGAAGAACUCUGUCAACAUCGCUCUAAACACACUGCUUAAUGAACCUAGUGCAGAUCUGUUUGAACCCCAGAGAUCUGACUUCAGAAUGUUAGCAAACCAGGUUGAAGGUAACAUGGAGUACAGCUUCCAAGAAGGAGACACCAAAACACCAAUCACCUUCCUUAAUGAGCUCAAGACACAGAGUGCCUCACCUACAACGGUUUCUCCAAUGGCUACAAGUAAUCUGAUUGUGACUUCUGCAGCAACUCCUUCCAAAAUUUCUACUUCUGCAGUGGUCUACAGCAGGAUGGUGUUCAACUCCUCCUCUCCUGUCCCCACUGAGAGUUUGGUCCUCAAUGCUACCAACACUUUGCUCAACUCUCGACGUGCAAACCUCAGUGAUUCCAUUAAAGUGCUGAACGUCACCUAUGAGAAAAUUUCAGAAACUUCCUAUGCAGUCAUCUUCACGUUCAACAUCAGUGAUAUCAGCAUGCCUGAGAGCACUGUCCUCAUGAAUGACACAUACACCCAAGUGAAGAACUCUGUCAACAUCGCUCUAAACACACUGCUUAAUGAACCUAGUGCAGAUCUGUUUGAACCCCAGAGAUCUGACUUCAGAAUGUUAGCAAACCAGGUUGAAGGUAACAUGGAGUACAGCUUCCAAGAAGGAGACACCAAAACACCAAUCACCUUCCUUAAUGAGCUCAAGACACAGAGUGCCUCACCUACAACGGUUUCUCCAAUGGCUACAAGUAAUCUGAUUGUGACUUCUGCAGCAACUCCUUCCAAAAUUUCUACUUCUGCAGUGGUCUACAGCAGGAUGGUGUUCAACUCCUCCUCUCCUGUCCCCACUGAGAGUUUGGUCCUCAAUGCUACCAACACUUUGCUCAACUCUCGACGUGCAAACCUCAGUGAUUCCAUUAAAGUGCUGAACGUCACCUAUGAGAAAAUUUCAGAAACUUCCUAUGCAGUCAUCUUCACGUUCAACAUCAGUGAUAUCAGCAUGCCUGAGAGCACUGUCCUCAUGAAUGACACAUACACCCAAGUGAAGAACUCUGUCAACAUCGCUCUAAACACACUGCUUAAUGAACCUAGUGCAGAUCUGUUUGAACCCCAGAGAUCUGACUUCAGAAUGUUAGCAAACCAGGUUGAAGGUAACAUGGAGUACAGCUUCCAAGAAGGAGACACCAAAACACCAAUCACCUUCCUUAAUGAGCUCAAGACACAGAGUGCCUCACCUACAACGGUUUCUCCAAUGGCUACAAGUAAUCUGAUUGUGACUUCUGCAGCAACUCCUUCCAAAAUUUCUACUUCUGCAGUGGUCUACAGCAGGAUGGUGUUCAACUCCUCCUCUCCUGUCCCCACUGAGAGUUUGGUCCUCAAUGCUACCAACACUUUGCUCAACUCUCGACGUGCAAACCUCAGUGAUUCCAUUAAAGUGCUGAACGUCACCUAUGAGAAAAUUUCAGAAACUUCCUAUGCAGUCAUCUUCACGUUCAACAUCAGUGAUAUCAGCAUGCCUGAGAGCACUGUCCUCAUGAAUGACACAUACAUCCAAGUGAAGAACUCUGUCAACAUCGCUCUAAACACACUGCUUAAUGAACCUAGUGCAGAUCUGUUUGAACCCCAGAGAUCUGACUUCAGAAUGUUAGCAAACCAGGUUGAAGGUAACAUGGAGUACAGCUUCCAAGAAGGAGACACCAAAACACCAAUCACCUUCCUUAAUGAGCUCAAGACACAGAGUGCCUCACCUACAACGGUUUCUCCAAUGGCUACAAGUAAUCUGAUUGUGACUUCUGCAGCAACUCCUUCCAAAAUUUCUACUUCUGCAGUGGUCUACAGCAGGAUGGUGUUCAACUCCUCCUCUCCUGUCCCCACUGAGAGUUUGGUCCUCAAUGCUACCAACACUUUGCUCAACUCUCGACGUGCAAACCUCAGUGAUUCCAUUAAAGUGCUGAACGUCACCUAUGAGAAAAUUUCAGAAACUUCCUAUGCAGUCAUCUUCACGUUCAACAUCAGUGAUAUCAGCAUGCCUGAGAGCACUGUCCUCAUGAAUGACACAUACACCCAAGUGAAGAACUCUGUCAACAUCGCUCUAAACACACUGCUUAAUGAACCUAGUGCAGAUCUGUUUGAACCCCAGAGAUCUGACUUCAGAAUGUUAGCAAACCAGGUUGAAGGUAACAUGGAGUACAGCUUCCAAGAAGGAGACACCAAAACACCAAUCACCUUCCUUAAUGAGCUCAAGACACAGAGUGCCUCACCUACAACGGUUUCUCCAAUGGCUACAAGUAAUCUGAUUGUGACUUCUGCAGCAACUCCUUCCAAAAUUUCUACUUCUGCAGUGGUCUACAGCAGGAUGGUGUUCAACUCCUCCUCUCCUGUCCCCACUGAGAGUUUGGUCCUCAAUGCUACCAACACUUUGCUCAACUCUCGACGUGCAAACCUCAGUGAUUCCAUUAAAGUGCUGAACGUCACCUAUGAGAAAAUUUCAGAAACUUCCUAUGCAGUCAUCUUCACGUUCAACAUCAGUGAUAUCAGCAUGCCUGAGAGCACUGUCCUCAUGAAUGACACAUACACCCAAGUGAAGAACUCUGUCAACAUCGCUCUAAACACACUGCUUAAUGAACCUAGUGCAGAUCUGUUUGAACCCCAGAGAUCUGACUUCAGAAUGUUAGCAAACCAGGUUGAAGGUAACAUGGAGUACAGCUUCCAAGAAGGAGACACCAAAACACCAAUCACCUUCCUUAAUGAGCUCAAGACACAGAGUGCCUCACCUACAACGGUUUCUCCAAUGGCUACAAGUAAUCUGAUUGUGACUUCUGCAGCAACUCCUUCCAAAAUUUCUACUUCUGCAGUGGUCUACAGCAGGAUGGUGUUCAACUCCUCCUCUCCUGUCCCCACUGAGAGUUUGGUCCUCAAUGCUACCAACACUUUGCUCAACUCUCGACGUGCAAACCUCAGUGAUUCCAUUAAAGUGCUGAACGUCACCUAUGAGAAAAUUUCAGAAACUUCCUAUGCAGUCAUCUUCACGUUCAACAUCAGUGAUAUCAGCAUGCCUGAGAGCACUGUCCUCAUGAAUGACACAUACACCCAAGUGAAGAACUCUGUCAACAUCGCUCUAAACACACUGCUUAAUGAACCUAGUGCAGAUCUGUUUGAACCCCAGAGAUCUGACUUCAGAAUGUUAGCAAACCAGGUUGAAGGUAACAUGGAGUACAGCUUCCAAGAAGGAGACACCAAAACACCAAUCACCUUCCUUAAUGAGCUCAAGACACAGAGUGCCUCACCUACAACGGUUUCUCCAAUGGCUACAAGUAAUCUGAUUGUGACUUCUGCAGCAACUCCUUCCAAAAUUUCUACUUCUGCAGUGGUCUACAGCAGGAUGGUGUUCAACUCCUCCUCUCCUGUCCCCACUGAGAGUUUGGUCCUCAAUGCUACCAACACUUUGCUCAACUCUCGACGUGCAAACCUCAGUGAUUCCAUUAAAGUGCUGAACGUCACCUAUGAGAAAAUUUCAGAAACUUCCUAUGCAGUCAUCUUCACGUUCAACAUCAGUGAUAUCAGCAUGCCUGAGAGCACUGUCCUCAUGAAUGACACAUACACCCAAGUGAAGAACUCUGUCAACAUCGCUCUAAACACACUGCUUAAUGAACCUAGUGCAGAUCUGUUUGAACCCCAGAGAUCUGACUUCAGAAUGUUAGCAAACCAGGUUGAAGGUAACAUGGAGUACAGCUUCCAAGAAGGAGACACCAAAACACCAAUCACCUUCCUUAAUGAGCUCAAGACACAGAGUGCCUCACCUACAACGGUUUCUCCAAUGGCUACAAGUAAUCUGAUUGUGACUUCUGCAGCAACUCCUUCCAAAAUUUCUACUUCUGCAGUGGUCUACAGCAGGAUGGUGUUCAACUCCUCCUCUCCUGUCCCCACUGAGAGUUUGGUCCUCAAUGCUACCAACACUUUGCUCAACUCUCGACGUGCAAACCUCAGUGAUUCCAUUAAAGUGCUGAACGUCACCUAUGAGAAAAUUUCAGAAACUUCCUAUGCAGUCAUCUUCACGUUCAACAUCAGUGAUAUCAGCAUGCCUGAGAGCACUGUCCUCAUGAAUGACACAUACAUCCAAGUGAAGAACUCUGUCAACAUCGCUCUAAACACACUGCUUAAUGAACCUAGUGCAGAUCUGUUUGAACCCCAGAGAUCUGACUUCAGAAUGUUAGCAAACCAGGUUGAAGGUAACAUGGAAUACAGCUUCCAAGAAGGAGACACCAAAACACCAAUCACCUUCCUUAAUGAGCUCAAGACACAGAGUGCCUCACCUACAACGGUUUCUCCAAUGGCUACAAGUAAUCUGAUUGUGACUUCUGCAGCAACUCCUUCCAAAAUUUCUACUUCUGCAGUGGUCUACAGCAGGAUGGUGUUCAACUCCUCCUCUCCUGUCCCCACUGAGAGUUUGGUCCUCAAUGCUACCAACACUUUGCUCAACUCUCGACGUGCAAACCUCAGUGAUUCCAUUAAAGUGCUGAACGUCACCUAUGAGAAAAUUUCAGAAACUUCCUAUGCAGUCAUCUUCACGUUCAACAUCAGUGAUAUCAGCAUGCCUGAGAGCACUGUCCUCAUGAAUGACACAUACACCCAAGUGAAGAACUCUGUCAACAUCGCUCUAAACACACUGCUUAAUGAACCUAGUGCAGAUCUGUUUGAACCCCAGAGAUCUGACUUCAGAAUGUUAGCAAACCAGGUUGAAGGUAACAUGGAAUACAGCUUCCAAGAAGGAGACACCAAAACACCAAUCACCUUCCUUAAUAAGCUCAAGACACAGAGUGCCUCACCUACAACGGUUUCUCCAAUGGCUACAAGUAAUCUGAUUGUGACUUCUGCAGCAACUCCUUCCAAAAUUUCUACUUCUGCAGUGGUCUACAGCAGGCUGGUGUUCAACUCCUCCUCUCCUGUCCCCACUGAGAGUUUGGUCCUCAAUGCUACCAACACUUUGCUCAACUCUCGACGUGCAAACCUCAGUGAUUCUACUAAAGUGCUGAACGUCACCUAUGAGAAAAUUUCAGAAACUUCCUAUGCAGUCAUCUUCACAUUCAACGUCAGUAAUAUCAGCAUGCCUGAGAGCACUGUCCUCAUGAACGACACAUACACCCAAGUGAAGAACUCUGUCAACAUCGCUCUAAACACAUUGCUUAAUGAACCUGGUGCAGAUCUGUUUGAACCCCAGAGAUCUGACUUCAGAAUGUUAGCAAACCAAGUUGAAAGUAACAUGGAGUACAGCUUCCAAGAUGGAGACACCAAAACACCAAUCAGUUUCCUCAAUGAGCUCAAGACACAGAGUGGUGACACACCCACCGUGCCCCCCACAGCAAGCACAGCUUUGCAGAGCACAACAGUUCUAACUCCGGAGAUUAUGACAACUUCAGUUCUGGAGAAAACUACAUCUACAAUUAUGGAGAUCACAACAUCUCCCACUCUGGAGAUCACGACAGCUCCAACUCUGGAGAUCACAACAGCUUCACCUCAGCAGAUCACAGCAGCUCCAACUUUAAUGGGGAGUGUGCUGAUUUAUAUCCGCUUGGUGUUUAAGAACCUGACCACUCUACCCAGUGAGGCAGAGGUUCUUAAUGCUGCUAAUACUCUGCUGGACUCAGGUGUCAGAAUGAAGCGAGAUGUCAGCACACAAAAACUGAAUAACCCAGUUAGCAUCCAGAAUGUCACCUAUCAAAAAACGAGCAGCAACUCAUACACUAUCAGCUUUGCUUUCAAAAUCAGCAAUGUGAGCAUUUCUAAGAACAUUGAACUGAGGAAUGAAACAUAUGAUGCAAUCCAAAACACCAUUAAUGGCCUGCUGAACAAAAUACUAAAUGACCCAAAUGCUACACCAUUUGUCUUCCAACGAGCAAACUACACGGGUAAUGAUACUGUGAUUCAGGCUGAUGCAGAAUACAUCUUUAUGGAAGGAGAUAUCAAGACACCAAGUGGAUUUCUGAAGGAAAUACUCAAAAUUAGUGGAUUAGCUGGAGGAGGGUUUCCAGGUUGGGCCCUAGCCAUCAUUAUCCCCUGUGGUAUAGCCAUCAUUCUUGUACCCUGCUGGAUUAUACUCUGUAUAAUGCUUUCUGGUUGCUGUGGAGCCGUUCGAAGGCGCUGGCAUAGACGGCGGUCAUACAACGUGCAGUAUCCAAUACACAACAGCCUCUUCUAAAGAACGAGUUCAUCACGUAACAACACCUUACAUAAAUUUAAAGCCUGUUAUGGUGAAUAAAUACCAGUUCUGUAAAAAUAUCUAUAUGUUUACUUCUAUACUAUCUGGAGUAAUAUGGUGAAUGUUAAAAAUUUGGUUCUGUACAUCUGUAGUGUAUCUCUUUAAUUUCUUGUAAGUGUUUUAGUAAAUGUUAUGUUUUGUGCCUGUAUUGCUGGAUUUAUACAGGAUGUAUGUUACAUUUUCAGAGAAAUAUAAUUUAAUGAAUGUAUAAAAUCAUGAACAUUUUUUCAUUUAUUUAAUUAAUUUAUUUUCCAGUAUCAGUAUUUCAUGUUAAUUUAUUAAUUAAAUCAAAAUUUUGUACUACACAUUUCAUUCCAAACAGAGGGAAAUGUCUGAAGUACUGUUAUUUAUUUAUAUUGCACUUUAUCUACAUGGCGACAACAAAUUAAUUUGAUUACUUUUCUAUGUAUUAUGAAAUGAGAGUCACUGUUCUCAAAAACAUUCUUCUCUUUAUAUCAUUAAAAUGAGUAUUUAUCACUAA